GCCCGGGGGAUGAAGACGCUGCUGCCAUGGACAGCCCGUGCCAGCCGCAGCCCUUGAGUCAGGCUCUCCCUCAGUUGCCGGGUUCUGUGUCAGAGCCCUCGGAGCCUGGCCGGGCCAGGAUGGGGGUGGAGAGUUACCUGCCCUGUCCCCUGCUACCCUCCUACCACCGACCAGGAGCACCUGGUGAGGCCUCGGCGGGGAGCGGGACCCCCAGGGUCACAGCCACUUCCACCACAGCCAGCCCCCUGCGGGAGGGCUUAGGCGGGCAGGAUGGUGGUGAGCUGCGGCCCCUGCAGAGUGAGGGCGCUGCAGCACUGGUCACCAAGGGGUGCCAGCGACUGGCGGCCCAGGGCGCCCGGCCUGAGGCCCCCAAACGGAAGUGGGCAGAGGAUGGCGGGGAUGCCCCUGCACCCAGCAAGCGGUCCUGGGCCAGGCAGGAGAACCGGGAGGCAGAGGCCGAAGGGGAGGGCGGGAUGGGCUGCAGCAGUGACAGUGGCGAGGCCAGCGCAGGGCUGAGGGAGGAGGUGCUGCCCGCCACACCCGAGCGCCUGGCCCUGGACUAUAUUGUGCCCUGCAUGCGGUACUAUGGCAUCUGUGUCAAGGACAGCUUCCUGGGGGCAGCAUUGGGUGGCUGUGUGCUGGCCGAGGUGGAGGCCCUGAAGCGGAGUGGGCGCCUGCGUGAUGGGCAGCUGGUGAGCCAGCGGGCUAUCCCGCCACGCAGCAUUCGCGGGGACCAGAUUGCCUGGGUGGAAGGCCACGAGCCGGGCUGCCGAAGCAUCGGGGUCCUCAUGGCCCACGUGGAUGCUGUAAUCCGCCACUGUGCUGGGCGCCUGGGUGGCUACGUCAUCAACGGGCGCACCAAGGCCAUGGUGGCGUGUUACCCAGGCAACGGGCUGGGGUACGUGAGGCAUGUUGACAAUCCCCAUGGCGAUGGCCGCUGCAUCACCUGUAUCUAUUACCUGAAUCAGAACUGGGACGUCAAGGUGCAUGGCGGCCUGCUGCAGAUCUUCCCUGAGGGCCGGCCUGUGGUUGCCAACAUCGAGCCACUCUUUGAUCGGUUGCUCAUUUUCUGGUCUGAUCGGCGGAACCCCCAUGAGGUGAAACCAGCCUAUGCCACCAGGUACGCCAUCACUGUCUGGUAUUUUGAUGCCAAGGAGCGGGCAGCAGCCAAAGACAAGUAUCAGCUAGGCACCGCCCUAUUGCCCCGGUCCAGCCCUUUAAAUCGCUCGAACUCGGUGGUCCAGACCAGCACUUCCGCCGCCGCCGGGGACUCACCGUUUCCACGAGUGAAGCGUUCGAACACAGCCGUGGCCCCGCGGCCAGAGAAGGCAUCCGCCUGCAGCACUAAUGCGUCCCGCAGCGCUGAGUAGCCGCAGAGAACCACUGCAGGGCGCCGGCCCAGCCGCACUGUGAACACCGGGCCCCAGCGGCCAGAAAGCUGCGCAGAGCCGGUGCUCAGCGGGUCCCGGUCGGGACUCUUGACCGCUUCCUCCACCCCAGAGCCCCGCCCCCAUCUCUCUCUAACUUCAGACCCAGGAGUCCCCAUUUCAGCCCCUCGUUCCUGGCCGAGGCGCUCAGAUCCCCACCUCCUCCUUCAUCCGCAGGAGUCCAGGACCCCAGCUCCCACUUCCCUCGAGAUCUGGAAGACGAGGUCCCGAGCCCUCUGCACCCUCAGAACCAGGCGUGUGAGCCCUCGGUACUCUCCUCCCCACCCUGAACCAGGAGAGCAGACCUCUCUGCACCCCUUCCCCCCGGAUCCCCUAUCUGACGUCCCACCCUAGGCUGUUAACUCCCUCAGGACCCAGAAACUGGGGCGGGUAGAGGGAGGCAGGGAGCGGACGGCACCGGGAGCUCAGGCCCACUGUCCCCCUCCUCCUUCAAACUGAUGCCGGGGCUCCCAGCUUCCACCCCCAGUCUCCUCUCCUGGAACCCAGGACUCCAGGCCCCUCAACCUUCCUCAGGGCUCAUGGGGUCAGAGCCCUCAGCUGUCUUCAUUCAGAGAACCAGGUGUGUUCUAGCCCCCAGUCCCACCUCCACGAGUCCAGAAUCCUUCCCCCCAUCCCCACCCACUCUCGGGGCUACCUCCAUGAGAGUAUGGUCCAGCCGUCCAGACUCCAGCUGCAGCAAGUUCCCCAGCAGUGGGAGCGGCCUGGGCCCAGGGGGUAGGACCCCCGAGGCUGAGUGCCCUGUGCACCCCAACCCCGCCUGGCUAGCGCCAGCAGCAGUAACAGCGCUGUGACACCCGUGGACAUCAUGCUCUGUGUCCUCCAUGCCUGCCCCCCUUUGCCUUUAUGUGAUUCCCUUUGGGUCUUGGGUGGAGCAGGGGCGCAUACCGGGAGUGGGAGAGGUGGGCGUCUCCAGACCACUCAUUCUGCAGAUUCCCCAUCCGAGGUCUCCACCCAGCCCCCCAGCUCUAGCUCUCUGUUGUGCCAGGCCCAGCGUGCCCUAUUUGGCAACUUCCAUGUCAAUGCACCUGUUUGCAUCUUUCACAUCAAUACACCUGGCCAACAGGUGCACCCUACUGAGCCUUUGGGUCCUUCAGGUCCAUCUUACUUGGCCUGUAGAUGUGCAUUUCUGAAUGCCCUGGCCACCUUUGGGCCCGAGACCCCCUGAAUGCUGUACUCUAUACUUCUGAUUCCUAAAUACGUUCUUGACUCCUAAAAACACCCCUGGUGACAUACCCUUUAGCCUGGCACUCCUGUGCCCUGUGCUUGUGAUUGCUAGGGACUCGCACCUGAGCCCUUGUCACUUCCAUUCCCUUGCUCUUGGAACCUGGUAUUCUGUACCUAUCUACCAGAUGCUCCCUCAAGUCCCCUGGCCUCCUGGCACCCAUCAGCCUGGCACUUCUGUGCCUAGCCUUAUGACUCUUGGGUGCCUUCCCACAUGCUGACCGCCUUGUGCCUUACCCUGAACCCCUCACCACCUCUGUUCCCAAUGCUCUAGUUCCGAGAUGUCCCUGAAUGUCCCAUGCCCAUGCUGCUGCACCCCAUGUCUCCAGUUUCCCAUGAGUCUCACUGGGCACCCCCACCUGAGGCCAGGUCUUGAUGGCCACGCCUGGGGGUGUGGGCCAGAGGGCACAAGGUGCCCAGGGGUAGGGUUGGGGAUGGGGCUGAGUCAGAGCUCAAAACACUGUUCAGGAAUGAGGCCCACCCUCCCACCAGCACCUGCCUCACCUGGCCGUGCCUCACCAGAUCUAGCCUUCUGACAGGUGCCUGGCACAGGGCCCAGAGGUGGGGAGAGGGUGGGGGCUGUGCACUGUCUGGAACUGGGCUUGUUUCCAGGAAUGUCUCUCAGUAUCUCUGUCUCUAUCUUUGUUUCAUCUCUCACUCUCAAUUUCUGUUUCUUUGUUCAUCUCUCUCUUUCUGUUUUACUCUCAGUACCUGCUUCUGUUCAUAUCUGUAUCCCUCCCAGUUUAUCUUACCCUUAAUCUCCCUCUUCCCUGUCUCCCUGCCUCUAUCUCUGCCAUGGAUCUCCUUCCCUGUCAGCCUUUCUGUCCAGGAACCCAAUGACUGGCAAGGAGUGUGGGCAGGCCCCCUGCCCCCCGCCGCCCUACCCCCCCCCCUCCCCGGUUACAGGGGCUGACUCCAGAGACAGCAGGGGUGCUGCGGGGUGUGCCCUCCCCUGACCUGGCCCCAUCCCACUGUGUCAGGCUUUCAGAUUAACUGCUUUCUCUGGGUCUCUUCAAGAGCUGGCAUUUGUUGUUCACUUCUGUAUCCCCAGCACUAAAAUACACAGUGGGGGCUCAGUAAAUGUUGAA